CAGUCAGUCAGUGGUGCAAGAGUUUGGUCAAGAGAGUGAUCACCAUUCUCUCCUCUUUUCAUCAUUUCCCUCAUUAUUCCCCCCUGCCCUCUCAUCAAAAACCAUCCUUUCCCACUCAUCAAAAAACCAAAAAUUAUUAACCGCAAAUGUGCAAUAACAGUGCAAAAUACACCAUCGAAGGUGAAGAGUUCAAAAUUCAAGUUCAAGACACUAAGCAUUCAUCUAUCACAUCAUAAAACAAGUGAAAUCUCUUUUUUAAGAAAGACAAUCAACUGCCUGCAACACAUGCUGACGAUACCGAAGAAAAAGUGAUGAGCAUAAUAUUAGUUAUUAAUUAGAGAGACAAUAAGGAGUAAGGAGAUAUUAAUAAUAUUAACAACAUCCACUUGAAAGUGCAAUCGGAGUCCCCUUAUCUAGAGGAAUUUGCAGAAAUAUCAAGAAUGCCAUUUGUUCAUACGAAUGGGAAAGUUUUGGUACUACUUUGUCCAAUUUUCGAUCGUUUUCAUUGACCCAACAGUGAAUGCAAUACAAUGCAGGAUGCAGUUAUAACUCCAGGCUCUUAAAUUAACACUAGGGUGGUAAUGAGCUCUCCAUCGGAUAGGUAGCGGUAACAAAGUGAUGAGUGCAGAGUGAAAAAGUGCUAAGCGAUUAGCGAUUUUACGUGUUUUUAUACUUAGAAGGCUUCAGAAUGAUUAACAAUAAUCGAAGACAAAUUGUGCGAAGAAGGUCUCCUAGAAGAAGGGGCAUCUCCUCUGCAGAAAAUCUCUCAGAAUUGCCAUCAACGACUCAUUCUCCAGAAUUACUCACAAGAUUAACAGCGGAAACCAUGCACAUCGAUUGCACCGGUUCUAGUCGAGUUUGUGGCGGUGAGACUGCUUGUCGUCAAAUUAAUCAUACUGCAUCGAUUUGUGUUUGUCCUCAUGAUUCCUCUUUACCGACACCGGAUAUGAAAUGUCCAACUCGCAUCGUCGUUCCUAAGCCACCAAAACCAAUACACAAUAUAAUUCCACCAAGUGGAAACAUCAAUGAUAGUUCAACUGUUCAUCCGGAAGCGGAACAGGUGGAGCAGGCGAGACAAAAAGUACCUGAAAUAGUUGGAAUAGCCGUAGGCUGUUUUUUAGUACUGGCGAUAGUAACGAGUGUAAUAUAUUGCUACAGAAGAAGAAACUACAAUGCGAAGUCCAAGCGCAACUCGCUCGAUAAUACACCUAGAAAUCUUAAGAAAAGUCUUCUACUUGAUAGUAAAUCUACGCGAAAUCCUCAGUAUUUUGCGUGCUCUUCACCAGAAGUGCCUCUUUUGCAGCGAGAUUCCCUCGUUUUUUUACAAGAUAUUGGAGAAGGCUGUUUUGGUAAAGUUUACAAAGGUGAACUACAGUAUGGAGAAUCAGUAGAAAUAGUAGCAGUUAAGGUAUUAAAAGAAUCGGCUUCACGAGAAGUUGAGGAUGAUUUUAUGCGAGAAGUUGAUAUAAUGUCAACUUUUCGUCAUCCAAAUAUCUUACUUCUUAAAGGGGUUGUCCUUCGCGAAAUAGGACAUAGUCCUUGGAUGGUAUUCGAAUAUAUGCCAUAUGGUGACCUUACAGAAGUAUUAAGAGCCAAUUCUCCACAUCAUUUUAGGUCUUCCAGAUCAGAUCUUGAACCCUUGACAAGGGAAUCGCUACACUGGAUAAUUACCCAAAUAGCUGAAGGAAUGAUGUAUUUAUCAACACAAAGAUUCGUUCACCGAGAUUUGGCAUGUCGGAAUUGCCUAGUGGGAUAUGGUCUGAUUGUCAAAAUUGCAGAUUUCGGAAUGUCGAGGGAUGUUUAUACGUGUGAUUAUUACAAAAUGGGAGGUUCGCGGUUGCUUCCAGUACGUUGGAUGUCUCCGGAAAGUGUGAUGUAUGGUCGCUUCACAUUAGAAAGUGACGUGUGGAGUUUUGGGGUCGUUCUUUGGGAAGUUUAUUCCUUUGGAAAGCAACCUUAUUACGGGCAUAAUAACGAGGAGGUGGUUAAGCUAAUUUUGCAAGGUAUAAUGUUGAUACCACCAGAAGACUCUCCACCCUAUGUGUGUCAAAUAAUGAAAGAUUGCUGGAAAACAGAACCAAGAGAUCGCUUGCGAUUUCCAGAUGUUUUGGAAUAUUUAAGAAAAGCUGAAGAAGCUUUUGCUGAAAUGGAAACAUUACCACGGCCCCCUCAGGGCCCAGUUACACUCAGAACACCAGAUGUCCUCGAUCCUGAUGGGUAUCUUUUACCAGCUCCAGCAAAAAUUUGUGAAUACUGGCAACCACUGCCGCCAAUCGCUGAUGAGCCUACUGUCACUUGUACAUAAAUUUAAGAUAAAAAAAUGUAAUUUUUUUUUAUGUGCCUUGUUAAUACUCAAAAGUGUACUUGAACGAAUAUGACGAAAAUGACGAAGUCACGAUUUGAUGAAUUAAAACGUAUUAUUUCAGUAUGUAUUAAUUUGCUCUCAGGAUUUUUCUAUGAAUCUCGACAAUCACGUAAGAUUGAAAUAAGAUUGAAAUAUUAGAAUAUGUGUACAAGCUAGAAUUGUAGAGUUUUGUUUAAUUAAUUUUAGGGAUUCCUCAAUUUUAAUAAUAAAUCGUGUGUUUUUGAAUUAUCAGUUUUCUGCUUCUAAAUUAAAUUUUAUGGUGUUAUGCUGAUUCUUUGGUUGCAUUUUAAUUAUUUUCUCUAUUUAUUAA